CGACUCGCGCGGGGAUCGGCAGCAACAAACAACAAAAUUAUAGUAAUAAUAAACUGGUGUUGUUUGUUUCUUUUCCGUGACUACACCGGAGGCAUGCGGCAGUGCGUCCCGCGCGCGCUCCUCUCGCUCACCUGCCUGGCCGCGUGCCUGCACGGACAGCGCGCGCUCGGCGUGUCCAACUUCUCGUCACUGCACGCGCUGCGCGCGCUCAACGGCUCGAGCCUGUACGCGCUGGACGACGGCGCGCUCGCGGACUGGCGCUCACUGGCGGGACGCAAGCGCGAAGGCGCGCAGAGGGAGCACGCGGCGGUGCGCGUGCUCUUAAUCUUCAGCUACUCGGUGAUCAUCGUGGUGUCACUGUUCGGGAACGCGCUCGUGUGUCACGUGGUCAUGAAGAACAAGCGCGCGCGCUCGGCCACGAGCCUCUUCAUCGCCAACCUGGCUGUAGCGGACAUCCUCAUCACCCUGCUGAACACACCCUUCACCCUGGUGCGCUUUGUGAACAGUACGUGGGUUUUCGGCAGAGGGAUGUGCCACAUCAGCCGCUUUGUGCAGUAUUGCUCUUUGCAUGUGUCCACACUCACACUCUCAGCCAUCGCAUUGGACAGACGACAGGUGAUCCUGUAUCCUCUAAAGCCGCGGAUGUGCACCGGUCAGAGCGCUGUGUGUAUCGUCUUCAUUUGGCUCAUGGCCAGUUGUUUCUCGCUGCCACACGCCAUCUUCCAGAAACUCUUCACCUUUGUCUACAGUAAGGACAUCGUUCGCUCUCUGUGCGUCCCGGAUUUCCCUGACCCGUCUGAACUGUACCAUCAGUACCUGGACCUGGCGACCUUCAUCCUGCUGUACGUGUUGCCGCUCCUCAUCGUCACGGCGGCGUACUCGGCCGUGGCGCGCCGUCUGUGGCGGCGUAACGCCAUCGGUGACGUCACCAGCGAGCAGUACUUCCUCCAGCGCAGGAAGAGGAAACGCACCAUUAAGAUGCUGGUGCUGGUGGUUCUGGUGUUCGCCGUGUGCUGGUUCCCGUUGAACUGCUACGUGGUCCUGCUGUCGAGUCACGCCAUCCACUCCAACAACGCCGCGUAUUUCAGCUUCCACUGGCUGGCCAUGAGCUCCACCUGCUACAACCCCUUCAUCUACUGCUGGCUCAACCAGAGCUUCAGGUCCGAGCUCACCUACCUGCUGAGCAUGUGCAGGAACGGCCGGCCCAGGGGGCGGGGCAGCAGCGGGCGAGGGGAGGAGCCCGGCGAGAGGCCUCCGCCGCCGGACGGCUGUCGCAGGGCGGCCUGGCCGGAAAGCCACGCCUCCUCACAGCCGUCCGAUCACAAAGAGAGCCACGCCCUCAGGACCACGUCUCUCGGCCAAUCAGGGAAGACCGACAUCCUGUCAGUGGAGCCGAUCGUCACCGUCGGCUGAUGCGUUCAAAACUGUUCACCUGACUGUGUUUACCAGGAGAGAGAGAAAUGUCUUCAUUUCGUAUGAGCUUCAUUACACACACGUGCACACACACACACACACACACACGUGCGCGCCCAGAAUGUUAAAUAACUCUAUUUACAGCGAAAGCUAACUGCAGUGUUUACAAUACAGAGUUUGUAAAAGUUUUAUAAUGUAUGAACUAUAACUUUAUUAAAAAUAAUCCAGGAGUCGCUACACACACACGUAACACACACGUCAGCACUUUGGCGCCGGAUCACGUGAGCAGCGCGCGAGUGUUUAUUACAGAGACAGAACGAUGUUUACAUGGACAAUAACACAAUCAUUUUGUAUCGAUUUAUAGCGAUUGAAAAUAAAACGCUCGUCAGUGAGAAGCAACUCGGAUCAACUCAUUUCUGUCAAAGUCUCUGUAGUCACUUCCUGCUCAUUGCCCCGCCCCCAUCGGUUUGAUGGACAUGUGUUUGAUGUAUUGUUUCUCAUCAAUGAUGUCACUUCAGAA